AUGAAUAAAAAUCUUCCUAGAUUAUUAUCAGUUCGCGAUCUAGUAAAGAUGUAUAAUUUAACUGCACAAUCCCAAUUGAGUCAAAAUUUUAUUUUGGAUAAAAAUAUUACAGAUAAGAUCGUUAAAAGUGCAAUGAUUGAUUCUAAUAAUCUGCUUGUUGUUGAAGUUGGCCCAGGACCUGGUUUAUUAACAAGAUCAAUCUUAGAAACGGGUGUACCAAAUAUGAUUGUCAUAGAGAAAGAUGCUCGUUUUUUGCCUGCUCUCACGCAAUUAUCAGAAGCUUCUAAUAAUACGCUUAAAAUAAUUCAGGAUGACAUACUUGAGAUAGAUCAUGAAAAAAUUUUAACAACUGCACAAAUUAAUAAAGUAUCCCAAGAAAACAGAUUACAUGUAAUUGGAAAUCUUCCUUUCAAUAUUUCAACUCCACUACUUGUACAAUGGAUGAAGAUGUUAUCAAAGCGAUCUGGGAUAUUUCAAACUUCUGAUAUUACAAUGUCAUUAAUGUUUCAAAAAGAAGUUGGAGAUAGGAUUGUAGCAGAUACUUUUAGUCCAGCGCGAAGUCGUUUGUCUGUUUUAGUACAAAGUUUAUGUAAAGCUAAAAAGGUUGAUGCUGUUCUGGUUCAAUUAAUAGCUCUCAAAGAACCUAUUUUAAAUGUACCAAUUGAUCAAUAUGAAAUGGUAGUUCGUUAUUUUUUUGGGCAAAGGCGAAAAACAAUUCAAUCACUUUUGAAAACAUUAACCAAGAAACUUAUGUCAGAUGAAGUAGAUUGUUUGAUGAAAGGCUUGGAACAAUUGGAUCUAAAUUUGUCUUUAAGACCUGAGAAAUUAACAUGUGAACAAUUUUGUCAUAUUACUAAAAUAUUUUGUGACAAUUCUAUAUCAAUACCUGUAAAUUGA